AGAAAGGCAUCGGCGGCUGGGAGGGGGCAGGGCUGUUGCCUUGUCUCUCCAUUGUCCGCCCCAGCCGGUGGGCAGCCGCCCUGGCUGGGCACCGGCAAGGGAUACACACUGAGGACUAGAAGCGUGGCCGGUCCGUCUCGCCAGGGGAGGGAGGGGCAGGCGGAAUGAAUCCCCAGGAGGAACAGCCCGAAGCCGACGGGGCGCCGGCUGCCAGCCAGGAGGAUGGUAUGACCUGGUGGUACAAAUGGCUGUGCAGGCUGGCUGGCAUCUUGGGGGCCAUCUCAUGUGCUUUUUCUGGUCUCUGGAUGUGCCUGACCAUUUACCCGUUGAACAUCGCUGCCGGAGUCUGGAUGAUGUUAAAUGCCUUCGUUCUCCUACUAUGUGAAGCUCCCUUCUGUUGCCAGUUCAUCGAAUUUGCAAAUGUUGUCUCGGCCAAAGCAGACCAGCUUCGUCCCUGGCAGAAGGCAGUUUUCUAUUGUGGGAUGGCUGUGUUCCCGGUUGUUCUAAGCUUGACUCUGACUACCUUGUUCGGCAACGCCAUUGCCUUCGCUACGGGCAUGCUUUAUGGACUCUCUGCGCUGGGUAAAAAGGGAGACGCCAUCGCCUACGCCAGGAUGCAACAGAUCCAACAAAAGCCAACCGAUGGCGAUGGGACGACAGAAAAUGCGCCGGCGCAACUGGUGUGACCUUUUUUUUAUUUUCUUCCAUCACACUUUUGGAAGCAGACUUCCGCUCCGUCUCCUUUGGAGCGCUUCCGAAGUUAAUUCCGUUUUGAAUUUCAGCGCCGCUGUGAAUUUUAAGAUGCUGCAGUUUUUUAAAAGGAUUUAAAACAGGGUUUCACACACACACAGACACACACAUACACCGCUUAAUAUCUCAGGUCAAAGUGGAAUCAAAGCACAUGCAAAAAAAACCCUCCCAAGCAAGGUGAAAUUCUCUUUUGGUUCUUUUCCAAAGAAGAGGCGGCAGCGUUCCGGUUUGCGUCUCAGAUUUUGAAGAGCGGGGCAGAAGAAAGACCUUCCUCUUCCUAACGUUGCCGCUGCUUUUUAAAAACCCUGCUUCUUUUUCCACUUCACAACCACCAUGAUGACGCAACACAACAGAGUUGUGGCAGAGGAAGGGCAAAAUAAUGAUUAAGCCAGGCUGCCAGCAGCGGUUUUCUAGAAGGUUGACGUGGUGUCCAACCUGAUUUGCAAACAAAAAUAAUAAUAAUAAAUCCCAAAACGUGGAUAGAUUUUUUUCGGAGGAGUGAGAAUUGCCAUUUCGAACGUCCAAAAUAAAAGAGCAAAAAAAAAUAAUAAUAAUUACCCUGGAGAUAAAAAUCCAGGCCGUUCUUAUUUGCAGCAAUUAAUCCAACUUUGAUUAUCGUCGGAAGAGUCUCAGAAUCAGGGAAAGGAAGCAAUUUUUGAAACCAGAACAGGAAGAAAAUGAAUUUUUAGCUUCGAUUGUUUGGGUUUUUUUCCUGGCCUCUGAUGAAUGUACUCUUUGCAGCCCAAAAUGUCAGGUGACUUUGGUGUCAUUUUUCACCUGUUCUUCAAACUUUGGCAAAGCAAAAGGUGAUUUGGGGCAAUCCUUUCUCUCGAGUUUUUAAGAGAGCUGUGAUUUCAUAUUGUUAGAAAUUAGGGAAGUGUGUGUGUGUUGAUUGUGAGAUGAUGCGUUUUGUUACGCAGAGAAAUAACUGAAAGAUUGUUUUCUUUGCGGUCCUAGUUCCCUUUUAGGGGUCUUCCUUAUUCGAGGAUUUUCAGCGACCGUUCCCAAAAUUCGGAAUUUCAUAUCGAAGGCUAUUUCCUUCUAGCAGCUUCAAAUGCAGAGCGGUGGUUUUUUUUCGGUAGCAGUUGUUUAAGGCUGGGCCAAUUCACUGCAUUGUCAAAAUGAAGGAAAAACUCCCAGCAACACCAAUUUUCUUAAUUUUUAAGGGGGCACCAAAGAUAGACCACGUUUGACAUC